AUGAAUACCAUUGAGGAGAUGGUAGCCGAAGCAAAGGCGAUAGAAGCUGCGGAGAAGACUGCUUGUCAUUAUGAGUAUGGAAACAGUUAUGAGGUAUAUACGAACCAUACCUCGUCACACUCAUAUAAACACGGGACACUGCCUGCGCAGAAAUCAGCUGUGAAGAAAUCAACAUCACAUCAAGCACCUCUAGUGCCUAAACGCACAUCAUUCCAACCUUUUGUGAAGCCACAAGGAGGUACUCAGCAACCUCGGUGUCAGGAACUAAAAAGUACACAGGGCAUUAAACCUGCAUCAAACCCAAAGAACACGAGUGAGCCACCACGUGCUUCAGCAAAUCCAGCACCUGGAAAUGGAGCCACAAAAUGCUAUAAUUGUGGUCAGCCAGGUCAUUUCUUGAACGCAUGUCCUCAGAAGAAGGGAAGACAGCCACAGGAAUUUGUACGAGCAGCACAUACUGAAGUGCCGGAUGAUGCGAACGACACUGAUGCAGAAGACAAAGGUCAAUUGUCGCACCAUGAGUCUGCACAUGAGCAGGAUGAAGUACUUGAAGCGCCUGAUGAUGACGAGUAUGAAGUCGAGGGUCAAGAAACCAAGGAGGUCGAGUAUGAUGAUUAUAAUAAUGAGUAUUAUGCUCGAAAUUCAGAAUCAGAAAGGUUCGCAGGGAUGCAUACCUUGGAAGAUGAGUCUCCUCCACCCGACUAUGAGAGCCUUGCAGCUAUGACAGAGGUUACUCCAUACUCAGAGCAGAGUGAUGAGGUUCAGAGAAUGCCAGGGCAUAAAAGAACCUUGAAAUCUACAAAGGUCAUGAGAGCACAACCAGUAGUUAAACCAGAAGAUAAGGCAUGCCUUAUCACUUACACCAAGGUCAAUGACCAUGAAGCAUGGACACUAUGGGAUGCUGGGAGUACAACGACAAGUAUAACCCCAUUGUUUACCGAUGUGGCAGAUGUGACGGCCUUCCCAUUACUGGAUCCCUUCAUGCUCCAGUUAGGUACAGUCGGGAGUCAAUCAAAAAUAACGCACGGCGCGUAUGUUCAGGCAACGAUGCCCGGAUGUGACACAAAAACCUACGUUGACAUUUGUAAUCUUGACCGAUAUGAUAUGGUCAUCGGAACACCAUUCAUGCAAAAGAACAAGGUUGUUCUCGACUUUGGACGUAAUAUAGUUCAAAUAAAUGGGCAAGAGAUGCCUGCCUUGCAAUACCCUGAAGAUGUUGAUCCGUGGCUACACCGAGCCCGAGCAAAUGAUCGAAAGGCUGAUUGA